CACAGACACAUACACGAGGCACAGCUCUUAAUCCAACAUCAUCAACUACAACCAACUCAUAUAAAUAAGCUUUACAUUCAACUGCUCAAAUCUUAAAUUCCAAAGCCUACAAUACUUUCCCAAAAGCAGAGCAAUUUUUAGACCCUUCGAAGACAAAGAACCAAAUUAGCAGCCAAGCCAGUAAUUAUAUUAGAUUUUACCCAUUUCCAAAAAAUAGCCCACACCCACCUGCUUCCCCUCCUCCCUUUCCCCCUAAUUUAAUCUAUAUCUUUCUUUAUUUUUAUUCUUUUUCUGGGUUUCAGUUUUGCCCCCCUUUUUUUCUGGUUGUUGUUGUUGUUGUGAACUCUCUCUCUCUCUCUCUCUCUCUCUCUUCUUUUUUUGGUUUUAUAAAUCAUUUCCAGAAAUGGGUUCUUCUUCUGUUAAUUUGUUUUUCUAUAUCAUAUCUAUAUGUUUAAUACGCUGCGUUUGGAGUUCUUCUGUUUGCUCUGAUGAAGCUGAUGUGUUCAUUAAAAAUCUUCAUUUUCAAUGUUCUCCUUCGUUUUCUCCGAUUCCCCCUCUCAAGGUGGAUGGGAACUUCUUGGACCGAGCAUUGUCUUCCAAACAGAGAAAUGGUUACGCUUCUGUGCUCUUUUAUGCUGCCUGGUGCCCGUUCUCACACAGUUUGUACCCAAAGUUCGACAUUCUCAGUUCCAUGUUUCCUCAAAUUGAACAUCUGGCAGUUGAAGAGUCUUCAGCUUCACCAAGCAUAUUUUCAAGAUAUGGAAUUCAUAGCUUGCCGUCAAUUUUAAUUGUGAACCAGACGUCAAGGGUACAAUAUCGUGGUUCAAAAGAUCUCCCCUCAAUCAUACAAUUUUAUGAGAAAACAACAGGAUUUGAACCAGUUCAAUAUAUUGCUGGAAACGAAUCAGUUGUGUUAGGAGACCACAAUAAAUACAUGAUACAGUUGUGGAAUAAAACCCCUAUGGAGAUAGUAAAACGGGAGCCCUACUUAGCAUUUGCCUUGUUGUUUCUCUGUUUUAGAGUACUUCUAUCCGUAUUCCCCGAAGUACUGUCUCGUCUCAAGGCUUUCUGGGUCUCUUAUGCUCCGCACUUGAACUUGGAAAUAUUUGGUGAGACAAGUCAAUUGUUUGCACGAGCCCUUCACAUGGUUGAUGUGAGGAGAGUUUGGACAAAACUCAAGCUAUGCAAAACCAGGAACUUUCAUCAAGGUGCAAAGAGUGCCCAUGUUUGGGCUUCUUCACUGGCUUCUGUCUCUUUGGGUGAAUCUUCUGGUAGAUCAUCAUCCUCAUCCUAGUUUGGUGUUUUUCGGAGCUAAGCUAAAACGCAAAAAGGAGUUUAUUGAUCAUACUGCGUGUUACAAACCACAAUGAUGCUUUGAGAUAUUGUAGUUCCCUCCCUCAAUCUUUCUUCCUAUCUCUGAUAUUAAAUUUGACUGAUAGUCUUGAUACCAAAAUCUGAAAACCUUGUUUAAGUUCUAGUGUUUUUUUGGGAGGAAAUCGACUAGCAUGUAUAUUUGAGAACAGCUUCUUUUCCUUUUUCUUUUUUCUUUUUUUUUUUCUCUCUUUUUGUGUUCAUAUCACUUUUUAUUUGGAGGAACAUCUCUUGCUUAACACAUCUGUGGAAUGUAGACUUACUUAACUUCUCUGUUUAAGAAGUGAUGGCAAUGGCAGGUAAUGUUAUUUUCCUAAUCAAAAA